AUGGAUGUAUUAUUUUUUAAAGUUUGGAAAAAUAUAUUUUUAAAAAGACUAAUAUAUUUACACUUAAAAAGAUUUAUUGGUCCAAACCAAAAAUUUAAUAGCAGAGAUCAAAAUAUCAGUCACCCAGAUAGUUACUAUUUUACAAAUGUUACUUUAAAUUAUAAUGAAAUUAAUUUAAAUUAUUUAUGGGACUCGAUCAAAGUUUUAUCAUUUGGUCAUUCUUUUGAUAGAGAGAUUAAAGCUGGCUUUUUACCACCCUCGAUCAAAACAUUAACAUUUGGUAACAAAUUUAAUAGAGCUUUCAAAGAGGGUAGUAUACCAGAGUCUGUCGAAACACUUUCUUUUGGCCAUGACUUUAAUACUCUACUUAAACCGGGUGAUGUUCCGCGACUGGUCAAAAGGUUAACGUUUGGUGAAAGCUUUAAUAAAAUUAUAAAUGAAGGUGUGCUUCCGCAGUCCAUUACAUCACUUACAUUUGGUUCUGAUUUCAAUCAACCUCUUAGUCAGGGCUCUAUACCACCUUCGGUCGAAAAACUUACUUUUGGAUACCACUUUAAUCAGAAACUUCAACCAGGCCAUAUUCUACCAUCAACCUCAAACAAGGUGAUAAUCCGGUAUCGUUCAAAAAUUAAUAUUCGUUUUCGUAAUUUAAUUAUACCACAAUCACUCACCUAUUUAAAUUUUGGGCAAGCAUAUAAAAAAUUUGUUGAUGUACCACUAAAACAUACCAAUAUAAAGACAUUGGUUUUUGGUGACGCUUUUAAUCAAGAACUAAAUGAAAAUCUAGUACCUUCAAAUCUUACAUCUCUAAUAUUUGGUGAUAAAUUUGAUAUGGUUAUAUCAAGUUCGGUUUUGCCUUCAUCUUUAAAACUCCUCAUAUUUGGUAAAUCUUUUAAUAAACCCAUAAUACCACAUUCACUUCCAGAAUCUUUAAAAACACUCCGAUUUGGCGAUCGUUAUAACAAAAUGUUUCUUCCUGGAUCCUUGCCCUCAUCAAUUACAGAUCUUACUCUAGGUAAAAAUUUCAAAUUCCCUGUAUGCUAUCAA